GGCCCGGUCAGGCGGGCAGGUAGCCGCGAGAGGGGCCCAGUCAGGCGGGCAGGUAGCCGCGAGAGGGGUCCCAUCAGGAGGGCAGGUAGCCGCGAGAGGGAAGCAGGAAGAUCUGAAACGGGCAAUAUGGAUAAACCCAUUCACCUAGGAGAUGACCCUGACAAACUGCCUCCAUACCAUCGAGAUGAGACACUCAGGGGUUCGUGGGGUCAUGAAGAUGAUAGGAUGCAGGCAGAAUUUCCUUUAGAUAGCCAGGAUGACCCUUCUUUGGAGCACGAGCGACUGGACGACUGGGAAAGAGAACGAUACUGGAGAGAUCACAACUCUGAUUAUCAGGAUGAUUCUGUAGAUGCAUAUGACAGAGAUGACAGGUUGCAAUCCCACCAUUCAUUGCCACCAUUAUCUCCCCUACCACCACUACCUCCUUUGUCAUCUGAUCAUGACAGACGAGAUUCAUGGUGGGAUGACUGGAAAAGACCAAGAGAGAGGGAACUAGACAGAGAUUUAGAUAGGACUGGAAGAUCCUCAGACAUUUAUGAUCAAGAUUUAGACAGAGAAUGGGAUAGAGACUGGGAUAUGAGACCUAUGGAUGACAGAGAAAUGGGGAAUCGUGACCUGGAUAUCCCUCCUCUACCACCAUUACCACCUCUUCCACCUCUGGACAGAUACCGUGAAGAUAGGUGGAGGGAGGAUAGGAACAGAGAUCAUUAUGACAGAGAGCUCCGAGACAGGGGGGAGCUGAGGAUUCGAGAAUAUCCAGAGAGAUAUGACACAUGGCGAGAGAAGCAAGACUACCUUCCUGAAAGGACUGAUUGGGAGAGGGAACGGUUGUCAGAUAGGUGGUAUCCAGAUGAUGGAGACAGACUGCGGUCUUUGGAUGAUCAUUCAGAUUCAUCCCUUCCUCCACCUUCACAUUCCUCUGAUAUGCUGGGAGCAGAUUCAAACCUGGACUCUGACCAGUCCUUGGGAGGAGUGAUGGUCCUUAGCCAAAGACAGCAUGAGAUAAUUCUGAAGGCUGCCCAGGAGCUCAAAAUGCUUCGAGAGCAAAAAGAACAGCUACAGAAGUUGAAGGAGUUUAAACCUGACAUUUCCACACAGGAGUCCCCUAGAUCACAGAACACAAGCACAAGGCCGGCUAUUAAACCUUCUCCUGCUGUUAUUAUAAAGCCUCCCGUGUUGUUCAGACAGCCCACCCCUGUGACAAGACCAAGUGCCCCACUGACAAGGCCUGCUACACCUAUGACAAGGCCACAUGCUCCAGUUUCUACUCCAACUACAACCCCAAGUCAUGGUCAGUCUUUAAAACCAUCACCUUCUGCUGUGGAACAGGAACGCUGGGAUGAGGAUUCUUUCCACGGACUCUGGGACACAAAUGAGGAUAAAGGAGCAAAUAUGGAGUAUGAGUUGUGUAAACAGGAGUCAAUGAUGCCUCCACCCGUCUCCUCGCCUGUGAAAGUACCUGCCGUUCACACCUCUGUUCCGUCAGCUGUACAAGUGUCCCUUCCUCCAGUUAUUCCACCGGUUCCUAAAGCACCUGUAAUUCAGCAAACUGUGGAUUAUGGCCACGGGCGAGAUAUAACCACCAGUAAAGUGGAACAGAUUCCAUAUGGGGAGAGGGUAACCCUGCGUCCAGAACCUCUACCGGAGAGGCAAACAUUUCAAAAAGAGCACCCUGGUCGUUACAACAGAGAAAGAGAUCGUGAGCCUUAUUUUGAGCGUCAAGGUAAUUCUAACACAGAUCAUCGGGAUUUCAAGAGAGAGCGGGAAUUGCACAGAGACCGUGGUUCUGUGGACUAUGAACGAGAGAGAUUUGAAAAAGAGCGGCAUCCCCGAGAUGAUAGGACUCAGUCUUACCGUGACAAGAAAGACCAUCCUUCCUCCAGGCGGGGUGGUUUUGAAAGACCACCAUAUGAACGAAAGACAGAUCGUCCAGCGUAUGAUCAUGGGCCUUCCAUGUUUGGAGGUGAUCGUAGAAAUUACCCUGAGGAAAGGAUUCCUAUUUCUGCUCCGUCAAUGCCCCGUCAACCACCACCUGCUCCACGAGUGGAAAGGAAGCCAGAAUCUAAAAAUGUAGAUGAUAUUUUGAAGCCACCAGGACGGGAUAGCAGGCCAGAGAGGAUUGUCAUCAUAAUGAGAGGGCUGCCUGGCAGUGGAAAGACACAUGUAGCAAAACUCAUCAGGGAUAAGGAAGUAGAGUGUGGAGGACCUGCACCAAGAGUGCUCAGCCUGGAUGACUAUUUUAUCACUGAAGUGGAAAAAGAAGAGAGAGACCCAGAUACAGGGAAAAAAGUGAAAAAGAAGGUGAUGGAGUAUGAAUAUGAAGCUGAUAUGGAAGAGACCUAUCGUACCAGCAUGUUUAAAACUUUCAAAAAGACCUUGGAUGAUGGCUUCUUCCCCUUCAUUAUUCUUGAUGCUAUCAAUGAUAGAGUGCGACAUUUUGAACAGUUUUGGAGUGCUGCAAAAACCAAGGGUUUUGAGGUGUACUUAGCUGAAAUGAGUGCAGAUAACCAGACGUGUUCCAAGAGGAAUAUUCAUGGACGCAAGCUAAAAGAAAUCAGCAGGAUGUCUGAUCACUGGGAGGCAGCACCACGUCACAUGAUGCGCCUGGACAUUCGCUCUCUAUUGCAGGAUGCUGCUAUCGAAGAGGUGGAGAUGGAGGAUUUUGAUGCAAAUAUUGAAGACCAGAAAGAAGAAGUCAAGAAGGAUACAGCAGAGGAGGAAGAAAGUGAACUGGGUUACAUUCCGAAAAGCAAAUGGGAGAUGGACACUUCUGAGGCAAAGCUAGACAAGCUGGAUGGUUUGCGAACUGGCACUAAAAGGAAACGUGACUGGGAAGCAAUUGCCAGCAGAAUGGAAGAUUAUCUACAGCUUCCAGAUGACUAUGAUACACGUGCUUCUGAACCUGGAAAGAAAAGGGUGCGGUGGGCAGAUCUAGAAGAAAAAAAAGAUGCAGACAGGAAAAGGGCCAUUGGUUUUGUUGUUGGACAAACAGAUUGGGAGAAAAUAACAGAUGAAAGUGGUCAUCUUGCUGAGAGAGCCCUCAACCGCACCAAGUAUAUAUGAAAAAGUGGUUAAAUGGAAUUUUGUGCCUUUAAGGCCAUUUGCUCUGAGGAGAAGUGAACCAAGGUGUCAUGAGCAUCUUGCAUGGGUCAUGUCACUCCCACCUUCACAGUUUUUCUUUGUUACUUUAGUUUCAGCAAUUUUCUUGAGAUGUUGGCAGAUAACCAGUGCCCUCAAAAAAACCAACAAAUCCCGCUGCUCCUAAGUGAGAGAGACAGUUUACUUUUUAAUAUUUUUGGAGGGGAGGGAGGGGGAGGGCCAGUAGUUUUAGCUGCUGUUUGUGGAAUAAAGUGGAAGGAUUAGACAGAUGUUACCUCCACUGUACCGUCACAGAAUGUUUAUAACCUUUGCUUUGUGGCCGUUCUCGUUUUAUACUGUAUGUACCUUGUAGCUUAUUGUAUUAGGAAGCAGACCAAUAAAUUUCACUAUAAACUUGG